UCAUACAGUUCUGGAGUGCUGAGGGAGGUGAUAACAUAAAUGAUAUUAUUAUAUAUUAUUAAUUAUAUUAUUUUAAAGAAAACGGCAAGGUUUUGAGUUGAAGACAACUGGAGCUGCCACAGAUCCAGAGAGCAGGACAGACGGCAUUAGGACAGAAAUUACAGGGGGGUAGAAACUUAAUCUGUCUACAGUCGGACAAAACAGAGUAACGCUGGCUCAGGGUGAUGAUGAAGAGAAAGAAGAAUUUAGUAGAGGACAAUGCUACUCUCAUCGCCCUCUCUGAUCAGCCGGAACAAACCUACGGUAGCAUGAAGAUGCAUGCCACACCUCAGGAAAACAUGAACCUGUUCAGUGAUGGGGUCACUCGCAUUGAUUUUGUUUUGGUUUGGGAGGAGUCUGUGAACCCUUUAAAGUCGGCUGAAUCAGACGAAGAAGCAGCCAGUUCCUCGCGUGAUGCCCACAGGAAGUGGAGGACAGAAUUUCUCUCCAGACUCCAGACUGCCGGUCUUCAUCAGGAGACGAAAGAGGUUGUGCAGGGAAAAACAAAAACUACGUAUGUUCUUUUGAGCGCCCCCUGGAAUAUUCUGUGUUAUUUCGCUGAAGAGAUCAGCCUUCGGGUACCAUUACAGGUCGUCACAACACUGAUAUCAAACUGGUCGGAGAACGUCCUGGACAAACUGCACAUUCCAAACAUAAUGGCCCAGGAUGUGCCCAACCUUCCGUUGGACUACUAUACGUGUCAGUUUCGCAGCAAUAAACUUGAGAGGUUUAUGGGUCAUGAAAACAAAGACACCUUCUUCAAGCCCACACAAAGACACCAGAUACUGUAUGAGAUCUUAGCCAGGACUCCGUAUGGAGAGUUGAAGGAAGGCGAGGUUGGAAUUGGCAGGCUGGUUAGUGAGAAGGUCUUCAGCGCUGCGUUUCCUCUUCAUGAGGGUCCAUUUGACAUGCCGACAACUCCAGUAGAUCCACAGUCUCUCAACAUGAGGCAGAUUCUUCAUCAUUACUGGGCUCGCUGGGCUUGCUGGAGGAAAUACCAGCCACUGGAUCAUAUUCGCGAGUACUUCGGAGAGAAGAUAGCCCUCUAUUUUGCCUGGCUUGGCUUCUACACAGGCUGGCUGUUACCUGCAGCUGUAGUGGGUUUAGUCAUAUUUUUGUUUGGGGUCUGGCUGAUGGUCACUGAUGUUCCAGCAGAAGAACUUUGCUCCAGUGAAGAUGCAUUUGUCAUGUGUCCGCUAUGCAACAUCUGCAGUUACUGGAACCUCUCCAGCAUUUGCUAUAUAUAUAAGGCAGGCUUGUUAUUUGACAAUGGAGGAACCGUGUUCUUCAGUAUGUUCAUGUCUUUGUGGGCGGUCACCUUCCUGGAGUACUGGAAACGCACCAGCUCCAUACUGGCCCACCGCUGGGACUGCUCUGAAUUUGAAGAUAUUGAGGAGAGGCCAAGGCCAGAAUUUACAGCAUUGGCACCAAAUUCCGUUCGUAAUCCUGUGACUGGGGCAGAGGAGCCCCACUUUCCUGAGAGACAACGACUGAGACGUACUUUGACCGGCAACAUGGUCAUCAUUCUAAUGAUUUCCAUGGUUUUGAUAUUCCUAAUGGGGAUUAUCCUGUAUCGGACCAUUUUAAGCAUCAUUAUCUACAGAUCUCAGAAUGCCUUCUUCAUUUUCUCAGCUGGAAGGAUAGCUAGUCUUACUGGUUCUAUGCUUAAUUUAGUGGUUAUUCUGUUGUUAUCACGGCUGUAUACAUACCUGGCCAAGAUUCUGACCCAAUGGGAAAUGCACCGCACUCAGACCAAAUACGAGGAUGCAUUUAUCCUCAAGGUGUUUGUCUUCCAGUUUGUCAACUUCUACUCAUCUCCUGUUUACAUUGCAUUCUUCAAGGGCAGGUUUGUUGGAUACCCUGGAAACUACAGUAUGCUCUUAGGAAUCCGAAAUGAGGAUUGUGGAUCCUCUGGAUGUCUCAUUGAAUUAGCUCAAGAGCUGUUAGUCAUCAUGGUAGGAAAACAGCUCAUCAGCAAUGUCCAGGAAUUUAUCAUGCCUAAGCUAAAGGGAUGGUGGCAAAAGAGGAAGUUGAAGCCAGGUCCCAAUGAAGAGAUAAAGGAUGAAUCAGACAGCAAGAUGGAGCUCGGCCCAUGGGAAACAGACUAUCAGCUUCUGGUGUGUGAAGGGCUUUUUGAUGAGUAUCUGGAGAUGGUGCUGCAGUUUGGUUUCAUCACCAUCUUUGUAGCGGCCUGUCCCUUGGCCCCACUCUUUGCUUUGAUAAAUAACUGGGUGGAGGUUCGUCUUGACGCCCAGAAGUUUGUGUGUGAGUAUCGCAGGCCUGUUGUGGAAAGAGCUCAAGACAUCGGCAUCUGGCUGACCAUUCUACAGUUCAUCUCUUACCUGGCUGUCUUCAGUAAUGCUUUUCUGAUUGCGUUCACAUCUGACUUUCUUCCGCGCCUCUAUUACCGCUACAAUGCGGGCAGUAUGAGUGGCUAUAUCAACUUUACUCUCUCAGUCGCACCUGACAACUGGACUCAAAGCCAAACGACAUGCAGAUAUCGAGGCCUCAGAGAUGAGAAAGGAAAGCACACACUGGAUUACUUUCAUCUUCUGGCCAUACGUCUGAGUUUUGUCAUUAUAUUUGAGCAUGUUGUGCUCCUGAUUGGUCGUAUUAUUGACUGGAUGGUGCCUGAUAUUCCAGAAGAGGUGGAGAUUAAAAUGAAAAGAGAACAUUAUAUGGCCAAAGAGGCACUGGCUGAAAAUCAGUCCUUAAGCAAAUCCAUUUUAGAUGAUGUACCAAUGCAAAGCUCCGAGCUGCGACACAGAGUAUUAUCUCAGAUGUCUCAGAGUCCCUCUCCUUGUAGAACAUCACCUGUGUUUGAAGACAAACCACCACUCUGACAGUCUGAUGUUCUAGACUUUUAAGCCCUUCCAUUUUAGGCACAAUCCUGAAAACCAUGAAAAAAACUGUGUGAAGUAUUUGUACAUAACUAUAUAAUAUUAUGCCAUCAAUUAUAUAACUAUAUAAUAUUACUUAUAUAAUUGAUAGCAUAAAA